GCGGUUGUUCUUGUCGGUCUGCUGGUUGGUGUCAAACACAAGAAGCAUGGCUCUUCACAGUGGAUUUGCGCGUGUGUCGUCUCUGCUGCGUUCAGCGCUCAGCGUUUCUCUGCGCAGGAACAUCGGCCUCUCCGCCGUCCUCUUCAACAAGGCCAAAGACAUGGACCCCAUUCAGAAACUCUUCCUGGACAAGAUCCGAGACUACAACAGCAAGAGCAAGGCGUCUGGUGGUGUAGUGGACGCUGGUCCGGUGUAUCAGAAGAAUCUGGCGGAGGAAACCACUAAACUGCAGCGUCUGUAUGGAGGAGGAGAUCUCAGCAAGUUCCCUCAGUUCAGCUUCACAGGUCUGACAUGUGUAAUGCGCAUCGUUACAGCAGAUGACUGAAAUACAGCUCUGUUUACACAGAUUUCAUUCAUUUACAUCGACCGCGAGGAUUCUGUGCAGUGAAUCUGAAGCAAAAAUGAAUCAAUAAGAGCUGCUUUCUGGAUUUCUGUGGAGUUUAACAGCAUUCAUGAACAAUCAAAUGUAAAAUAACGUGCUCCUCAUCCUAUUAAUCAUACAAAAUAAUCAUAUUUAAUAUGUGUUCAUCUUGAAUGAGUGGUCUCCUCCUGUGAUGUGACUAUUGCAGAUGCACACAGUGUGAUACGGAGGCUCAGCUCUUAUAUUGUGCAGGUUUAGUGUUUGUUGAACAUCAGCAGGUCUGUUCAGUGCUGCUUGAUGACGGAUCUUCUUCUGUUGUUUUUAGAGCCUAAGCUGGACGAGACGACGACUAAAUGAAGCGCCUCUGUUCAUCACUGCUGAAAACGUACAUCAAUAUUUAAUAAAAAAGCUCUGGCUCAAAGAUCAGCGUGUGAUGCGCAGUUCAUGCACUUCAGGUUAUGCAUCUGUACUCUUGCUCUUGUAUGUGAUUAUUGCGUGUUGAUGUCCACAGAUGAACGGUUUGAUUAUGUCUGUUCGUCUUUAAAAUAUCUGUAAUCAGUUUAGUGUCCUCUGGUCAAUGUAAGCUUUAAAAGUGCUCAGACAAAAACAAAACGACUAAUGAAUGUGCUGAGAAUGUAAAGAGAGAGGAUAAGCAGAGGAUGUGAUGCUGAGUGAAUAUAUAUUAUAGAAAACACUGCGUCAUCAUCUUCAUGAUCCCGUAAGCUAUGGCUUGAUUUAAAAACUCAUCAGUAAAGCUUAAUAUUAAUAAAUGAAGUACACUAA